AUGGUUUGUUUGGUGUGGUGAUUUUGUUUUUUAAAGACAAUGUGCUAAUGUAAAUGCAAAUGAAAAUUAAAACACAGUUACCCUGCAAAAUCUCUAUUUAAGUAGUGGAGUAUUGCAGGAAUCAGUCUGUGGCUUAUUACUUACGUUUGCCUGAGUAGCGGAUUGGUCUCGGUCUUGGCUGGUGGAGAGAGUACACGCACUUGAGUUGCGUUAACUAAUCAGCCCAGGUGCUUGAAGGUGUGUUUCUCUCCACGGUUCGGGGCUGAGACCGGGAGCUCCCACCGAGAGCGCGCUUAUGAUUUUGAUUUUAUUUUGGUUCCACUUUCGUUUAUCUGAGCCAAAGAAAGUGAACCGCCACUGAAAAGUAGGAAGAGCUGGUUCGCUGGAAAGCAGGCUGGCUAUGAGCAGGGAGCUGAUAGUCAUAUUUCAGAAACCCAACUGUACCAUGUGGGCAGAAGACGAUUUUGAGCCUUCAACGGACCCUUGUCUGCGAAGCUUCUCAGAACCUAAAGAUGGUCAGACAUACAUCAUGUACCAUGGAACAUCUAAGGAGGCUGCUAAACAAAUUAUGGCCAAUGGGUUUCGUCAGUCCAAUUUUGGCAUGUUUGGACGGGGUGUUUAUGUCAGCCGUGACCUCCAGAAGGCCAGCCGGUACCCCUUGGAGCUCCUUGAGCAUGAACGAGUCGUGCUGAAGCUCAAGGUUAGAGUUGGCAAAGUGAAGAAAAUCGACUAUCAAGGGCACCCCAUGCAGAAGACCUGGCACACAGAACAUGGUUAUGACACGGCCUGGUGCCCUCCUAACUGUGGGAUGGUGAAGAGCGGCCUUGAAGAAGACUGCGUCUGGGACCCUAAACGUGUCACAGUUAUAAAAGCAAUCUAUCCAAAACCAAAGAAUGUACUCUUCUCAGAACCCAGAGAUGGUCAGACAUACAUCAUGUACCAUGGAACAUCUAAGGAAGCUGCUAAACAAAUUAUGGCCAAUGGGUUUCGUCAGUCCAAUGUUGGAAUGUUUGGACGGGGUGUUUAUGUCAGCCGUGACCUCCAGAAGGCCAGCAGGUACCCCUUGGAUCUCCCUGAGCAUGAACGAGUCGUGCUGAAGCUCAAGGUUAGAGUUGGCAGAGUGAAGAAAAUCGACUAUCAAGGGCACCCCAUGCAGAAGACCUGGCACACAGAACAUGGUUAUGACACGGCCUGGUGCCCUCCUAACUGUGGGAUGGUGAAGAGCGGCCUUGAAGAAGACUGCGUCUGGGACCCUAAACGUGUCACAGUUAUAAAAGCAAUCUAUCCAAAAUGAAUUUGGGCUGGGUCAAGUGGAUAUGCUGAGUCAAGUGACACAAGUAGUGCUGAGUCAAGUUGGUGUGCCAUUAUGUGAAAGCAAACCACCAAAAAAUGCAGUUUUUGAAAUGUCAAAAAUCAAAUUAAUUUACAGAAUUGAUAUGUAAUAUGUUGAUUGGAAAACCCAGGGUUUUUAUUUGACAACAAAAUGAAAAAGCACCAAAAUCAUUUAGUGAAGAGACAACGGUAUCUCGAACAAAACCAUAAAAUGAUCUUUAUUUAGCAUGAUGUUUGUGUUGCAUUGACUAGCCAACACACUGAUUUUUCCUGUUAUGGUUUUGAAUCAUAAUGGCCUUUAUUACUGGUAAUGCUCCGUCAAGGUACACUAAUGUUCCUCUCAAGGCUCAAUGUUCUGUCUGUUUUCAACAUACUUUCAAAUUACAGUAUCUUCAAUAGAAUGUACUGUAUAAUAGAAUAUGCUGAACUAUCACAAGUCCGUAAAAAUAUAUUUACUCUAGAAUUAUUAUGUUGUUUGUUUUAGAAUCUGAAUCAAGCACAUGUAUCACACGUAUAUCAAGAUUCCCAUAUCUUGUUUGUAUACAAUAUCCUCUAUGUGACUUUGCUGUGAGAAAGGGCUGAGAACUGAUUUUCAAGAUUCCAACAAAACAAUAAAAAUAUAAUACUUAA